AUGGCUUGUUUCUUGAAUUGUGUCCGGUUCGAUGUCACGGCGAGGCUCACCGACAAACCCACAAGCAAAGAAGGAUCUUUAACCGUCUCCGGCGUGACUUGUUACAGCUGGGACGACGUGGAAGCUCUCACUUCCAAUUUCUCUAGACUGAUAGGUUCAGGUGGUUACAGCAGUAUCUACAUGGCUCGCUUGUCUAGUAGCUCCGGCUCCGAUAAAGCCGCUCUCAAGGUUCACGUUAGCAGCCACCGUCUCUACCAGAUCUUCAGAGUCGAGCUUGAUAUCUUGCUCCGUCUUCAACAUCCAAACAUUGUCAAACUUCUCGGCUAUUUCGACGAUUCAGAGGAAAAUGGUGCUCUUCUUCUUGAAUAUCUUCCUCAAGGUAAUCUACAGGAGAAGCUUCACAAGAACAGCAAACAAGUCUUGCCAUGGAGGAACCGCGUAGCCAUUGCGUUACAGCUAGCUCAAGCCAUUGAGCACAUUCACGAGAAAUGUAGCCCUCAGAUCGUGCACGGAGACAUCAAAUCUUCCAACGUACUCCUAGACAAAAGCUUCAACUGUAAGCUCUGCGAUUUCGGGUCAGCCAAAGUCGGCUUCUCAUCGAUGGUUCAGCCUUCUACAACGUCGCCUAGGUCAAGGCAAGUGAGGAUGGUUGGAUCUCCUGGUUACACAGAUCCUCAUUACUUAAGAACAGGGAUUGCUUCCAAGAAGAUGGAUAUGUAUGGGUUUGGAGUGGUUGUUCUUGAGUUGGUUUCAGGGAAAGAAGCAUUUUCCGGUGAGAAAGGGGAGAUGCUUGUGCAUGUUGCUGCUCCACUUAUCCGUGAGGUUCUUGAUUCGAGUGGAGACAUUGCAGAAGAGAAGGUGAGACGGUUCUUGGACCCGAGGUUGUCAAGGGACGGUUUAGAUAUUAAUGAGGUAAAGACAAUGGUGAGAGUGGCUGCGCUCUGUCUCGGUAGCUCGCAAUCUCUAAGACCCUCGGCUGCUCAAGUGGCGGAAACUCUUGUAGAGAAAGUCCCAUCUUUGAGUUUUCUCGGUUGUGGUAAAGGAGUAUGA